AUGUUUCGCCUCCGAUUUCUUCCCAUUGCAGCAGGGCUGUCUGCUGUUUCGCGGCGUUACCAUGGGACAGCGCAUCACCCCAGGACCAGGCGUAGGCUCAUGGCAGCAGCUUUCAUAGGGACGACUGCAGCCACAGCAAGCGCCAGAUUCCUUUGGCAGAGGGCCUACGCAGAAGAUUCGUCCUCUGUAAAACAUGAUCCAAGGACAGAGCCAAGCGAGAAGGUGAAGCACGAGGAGGAAGAGGAGAACAGCGGCAGUGAGGGUAGAAAGGCCGUUGCAUCAGGAGAUGAGGAAGCUCAGCCAGAAGGGAAGAAGAAGAAGCGUUCUGGGUUCAGGGACCGGAAGGUGAUGGAAUAUGAGAACAGGAUCAGAGCCUACUCCACACCGGACAAAAUCUUCAGAUACUUUGCUACUUUGAAAGUCAUAAACGAGCAUGGUGAAUCAGAGGUUUUUAUGACACCGCAGGAUUUCGUGAGAUCAAUAACACCUAAUGAAAAACAACCAGAAAACCUGGGCCUGGAUCAGUUUAUAGUGAAACGCUAUGAUGGGAAGACAGAGAAAUUAUCCCAGGAGCGAGAGAAGUUUGCUGAUGAAGACAGCAUAUUUUAUGCCCUUGGAGAAUGUGGACUCAUUUCCUUUUCCGACUACAUCUUCCUCACGACGGUCCUUUCCACUCCCCAGAGGAAUUUUGAAAUCGCCUUUAAGAUGUUUGAUCUCAACGGUGACGGCGAGGUGGACAUGGAAGAGUUUGAGCAGGUCCAGAGCAUCAUUCGCUCCCAAACCAGCAUGGGCAUGCGCCACAGAGACCGGUCUACAACAGGGAACACCCUGAAAACUGGCUUCAACUCUGCGCUGACAACAUACUUCUUUGGGGCAGAUCUGAAGGGGAAGCUGACCAUCUCCCACUUUCUCGACUUCCAGCGCAAACUGCAGCACGAUAUCCUGAAGCUUGAG